AUGGCUACUGUAUCUGAAGUGACGACGCUGCCCGCGGAGAUGGAUGCCAUAAUCGACGUCAGAGACCAUCACCAAGAGAAGAGAUCUGACGUGGAGAAGUCUGGGACGGACGAGGAGAACUCCAAGUCAGGAGAGGACGCACUAUCAUUAGGUCAAUACACCGAGGAACAGUAUAAGGGGCUGAAGAAGAAGAUCGAUCGUUAUUUGUUACCACUAAUGUGGCUCUGUUAUGGAAUCCGAACAUCAAUUGGUACGCAAGCCACCUUUGGCUUGGAAGAAGAUACCCAUCUCGUGGGCAAUCAAUACGCAUGGCUCACAACCAUCUUCUACAUCUCCUACAUGUGCUUCGAGUUCCCCUCCAACAUCAUCCUCCAGCGCCACCGCAUGGGCCGCACCCUCUCCUUCUACAUGCUCUGCUGGGGCAUCGUGGUCCUCUGCAUCGGCUUCGCCCAGAACUUUGCCCAGCUCAUCGCGCUGCGCGCCCUCCAGGGCAUGUUCGAGUGCUGCAUCAGCCCGGGCUUCAUCCUCGUCGUCGGCUCCUGGUACACGACGCGCGAGCACGCCUCGCGCACCCUGGUCUUUCAGAGCGCCAACGCCGGCUUCGGCAUCAUCUCCAGCCUGACCCUGUACGGCAUCGGCUCGGUGCAGGCCCAGCGCGGCGCCGGCUUCCAGGCCUGGCGGUACAUGUCGUAUUUCCUGGGCUCGCUGACCAUCAUCACGGGGUCGCUGUGCUUGUUCCUCCUGGGCACGCCGUCCGAGGUCCGCUGGCUCUCGGCCGAGGAGAGGAAGAUGGCCAAUACCCGUAUCCUGACGAACAACACUGGCCAUGACCAGACUGGUGUCAAGAGGUGGCGGUGGGAUCAGGCGCUGGAAUGUCUUAUCGACCCUUGUUUCUGGUUCUGUGGCAUCAACGCGUUCCUGGUAUCCGUUCCCAAUGGAGGCCUGUCAACAUUCGGCUCCAUCAUCAGCACAUCCUUCGGCUUCACCAACCUCCAGGUCAUUCUCCUCAACAUCCCCAUGAACGUCUUCUCGGUCUCCUACUUUGCCCUGGUCGGCAUCCUCACCUCACGCCGCAAGAACCUGCGCUUCUACUUUAUGACAUUCUCCACCAUCCCCCCCUUCAUCGGAUUCCUCAUGAUGUCCCUCCUCCCCAACGAGCCGCAGUACAAAUGGACCAAGUGGGGCGGCUACUUUAUGACCGUCCCGCUGGUGAUCUCCAUGUUUCUAGCCUGGACCGUGAUCCCGUCCAACACGGCCGGCCGCACCAAGAGGACCCUCACGUCGUCCUUCACCUUUGUCGGGUACUGCGUGGGCAACAUGACGGGCUCGCAAAUCUUCAAGUCGGCCGAUGCACCCCGAUAUGUCCCAGGGACGGUGGGCUGUGCGGUCUGCUUUGGGCUUGAGUUCCUGUUGUUCAUCGCGUGGCGGCUGGUCUAUGUCUUUCGGAACCGGCGGAGACAAAGGGCAUGGGCGCGCGAGGGUAUCUCGGAAGAGUUGCGGGUGGCUCGUGCCAAGGAGCUGGGCGAGCAGGAUACGACCGACUUUCGGAAUCCCUAUUUUCUAUAUACAAUGUGA